AUUCCUCUCCUUUCCCUCAUCUUCCCUUUUCAAAUUUAACCAAAAUAAAUAAAUAAAUAAUAUUAAUAAUAUUAAUAAUCAUAAAUUAUAAACCAAACCAUGCAUGUCGUGACAUCCACGCCGGAAUCCCGACACGACGGCGCUCCAUUAGUGUUCGACGCCUCGGUUCUCCGACACCAACACAACAUUCCGAAGCAGUUCAUAUGGCCCGACGAGGAGAAGCCGGCUACCACCUGCCCGGAGCUGGAAGUCCCAUUGAUCGACUUGUCGGGAUUUCUCUCCGGCGAGAAAGAUGCGGCGGCGGAGGCUGUUCGACUUGUCGGCGAGGCUUGUGAGAAACAUGGGUUUUUUCUGGUGGUGAACCAUGGCGUGGACAGGAAAUUGAUCGGUGAGGCUCAUAAGUAUAUGGAUGAGUUCUUUGAAUUGCCGCUUUGCCAAAAACAGAGCGCUCAGAGGAAGGCCGGUGAGCACUGUGGGUAUGCCAGCAGCUUCACCGGUCGUUUCUCUUCCAAAUUGCCUUGGAAAGAGACCCUUUCAUUUCGAUUCUCCGCCGAUGAAUCCUUCAAUAAUCUUGUUCUUCAUUACCUUCAUGACAAGCUCGGUGACCAAUUCGCCAAAUUUGGUAGGGUUUACCAAGAGUAUUGUGAAGCAAUGAGUGGGCUGUCCUUGGGCAUAAUGGAGCUAUUGGGGAAGAGCCUUGGAGUAGAAGAACAAUACUUCAAAAACUUCUUCAAAGACAAUGAUUCCAUAAUGAGAUUGAACUUCUACCCGCCAUGCCAAAAGCCCCAUCUCACCUUAGGCACUGGCCCUCACUGCGACCCAACCUCCUUGACCAUCCUCCACCAAGACCAAGUCGGUGGCUUACAAGUGUUCGUCGACAACCAAUGGAGACUCAUCACCCCCAACUUCGACGCUUUCGUCGUCAACAUCGGCGACACAUUCAUGGUAACUAAUCAAUCAAUCAAACAAACAAAUCCAAACCCAUUUCCUGAUACGUCUUAACUAGUUGAACUAUAUCAAACCCUGACCCAUUUCUUGAUAUAUCUUAACUAGUUGAA